AUGGACUUGGUUCGACUGCGCCUAGCCCACCAUCUCUUCUCAUCGGGUGAAUUCGACCGGGCCAUGCAACAACUCGCCCUCUGCUCCUCGCCUCCCCUCCUUCCAGCCCUCUCGCUCUUCCCCUUCCUCCCCUCCCUCCCCUCCUCCAUCCUCCUCUCCCUCGCUGCCUCCUCCUCCCCCUACCCUCCCUCCUUCCCCUCCUCCUCCCCCUCCUCCCCCUCGUACCCUCUCUCCCCCUCUUCCACCCCAUUGGCUGCUGCUGCUGCUCCACCACCACUGGAAGUGCGAUCGCAAUCGGAUCUGAAAUCCAAUGCAGAAUCAAAUCUUGUAACCGGGCGGCAGCGCAAGCUGGCGUUGCUGUCUCUAGUAAGUUUUCUGGCAGAGAAGCGAGCAGCGGCUGUAGCAGCAGCAAAAGCAACAACAGCAGCAGCAGCAGCAGCAGCAGCUACAGCUACAGCUGCUGCUCUCUCCACGUCAGCGACGGAUGUUGCUGACUCAGCGGACCCGAUGCAGCCGCUUCGAUCGGCGCUGCAUGCGUUGUGGGCGGCAGACAACUUCUGCCACGUCAGCACUGUGGAAGCUGCGCUGCAUGCGGAGGACAGUGGUUGUGAUGGUGGUGGAGUUGAUGGUACGAGGGAGAGGAGGAAGGAUGCUGAUGUGGUAGAGAACUGCUUCAAGGAAUACGUGGAGCUACUGGGUCAGCAGCCACGUCAGCAGCCGCUCGUGCUGGAGGCGCUGACGUGGCGCUUUGAGGACGACCCGACAGCAGCGCUGGCCCUGCUCACUGGAGUUGGUGCGUCUGGUGGGGGUGGGGAGGUGCAGGAUGUGGGAGCAGCAGCAUCACAGCUACAGCUAGACCUGGUUCGGCUCAGCCUUCACCGGGUCAAAGCGGAGCUCCGGCAAUCAAAAGCUGCCACGUCAGCAGCAGAGCGCCCUACUGUGAUUGGUCCAGAGAGGGCGAAGCUAGCAGCUGUGUUGCAACGGAUCAGGCUGCGGCUCAUUCCAGAGGGCCGCGCGGGUGUGACAGAGAGCAAGGGGGAAGCAGGAGAAGCGAAGCUAGCGUUUGAUGUGGUUGGGAGGCGAGUCGGGUGGAACAGGUGGGGGUUGAGGGAGGGAGUGAUGGUGGAAGCAGCUUUGGAGGUGAUGGAGAGGCGGUGGGCUAUGGUUGAACCUUUUGAGGCACUGCCCAUGCUACCAAGCGACGUGCCGUUGCAGAGUGUGCUGCCGUAUUUAGAGGCGGUGCUGCGGGCGGGCAGCGAGCAGCGGAGGAACAGUGCUGUGGUGAAGAACCUGAGGAGGAGCGAGAACCUGCAGCUCCGGGAGGAGUUGGCAAAUGGAAGGAAGCGCCACGUCAGCAUCACGGGGGACCGGCUGUGCGCCAUCUGUCGCAAGCGCAUUGGAGGGAGCGUGUUUGCCGUCUAUCCGGGCGGCACACUGGUACAUUUUGUCUGCUUCCAGCACCACCAGAUGCAACUGCCUGCUGCCGCUGACUCCAGACGCGCCAAGAUGGCGACCAAAGUGCAGCGGAUUAUGACCCAGCCCAUUAACUUGAUAUUCCGAUUCCUACAAAGUAAAUCGCGUAUUCAGAUCUGGCUGUAUCAGCAGAAGGACACGCGGAUCGAGGGGAGAAUCAUUGGAUUCGACGAGUACAUGAAUCUGGUGCUGGAGGAUGCAGAGGAGAUUUCCAUGAAAAAGCAAACCAGGAAGCCACUUGGCCGCAUAUUACUGAGAGGAGACAACAUCACGCUCAUGAUGAACACGGGAAAAUAA